UAUGACAACAAUUUUCAACUAGACCUGAAACUCUUCAAAUGUCAGGACCCAGUCAUUCUCUCCAUCCUACAGAAGCACUACCUCUGGACUGCUUUCAGUGAAGCCAAGCCAGUGCCAGAGGUGUAUCUCCAGCAGUUCUGGGGCUCAAUGCGGACACCUAAUGAAAAGGACCGGUCAAAAAUCAUGACCAAGCUGAACGACAAGAGAGUGGUGCUCACACCCUCCACAAUCAGGGAGACACUGAAACUCCCGGUCCUACAGAACUACGUACCCCUGCCUUCCAAUGAAGAGCUAAUCAAGGGGAUGAAAGAUCUUGGAUACGACAGCCCACUGCCCCUGCUGUCAAAUUUCACUAUCUCCAAUCUGCCCCAUCCGUGGAAGAAUCUGUUCGGCCUGGUGAACAAAUGUCUAUCUCCAAAGCACGCCGGACAUGACAAGUGCAACAAGCAGAUCCUACAAAUCUUCCACGGGAUUGCGUUUGACAAGCAGUAUGACAUGGAUCAGCUCUUCUGGACGGAGCUGAUGGAUCAAGUGAAGAUGAAGGAGAAUCAUAAGGGCAACACGAUCCCUUACGCUCGGUGGCUGGCACUGAUCAUCCACAACAUUAUGGAGGCCACCCCGACAAUGCCAAAGCGUAAGGAGGACAAGCAUUUUACCGUCCCAAAGCUCAAGUACUUUCAGAGAGACAACAAUAAAGCUGAAGCACUGCCAAUCCCGGAUUCUCUGCUCAAUCUAGCAAACCCGAAGGACAAGGCAGUCAUUGACUACAAAGAGUCGCUGAAGAGAACGGUCCCUAUGGUUCAGCAAAACCCAGCUAGACCUUCCCAGGGGACCAAGCCAAGUGAAGGUAAGAAGAAAAAGAGAGCCCCGCCACAGAAACCAGUGGCAACCCGGCCUAAUGAUGAUCAGUCUGCUAACUCUUCCGAGAGGACCCAGACUGCUGAGGGCCACCCUACAAAUGCUGAGGACACUGCCGAUGAACCAUCAAGCCAGGCCCCUUCUAAUAAGGCUGGUGGUGAGGCCUCUGAUAGCAUGGCCAAGGGAAAGGAGAGGAAUGAUGAUGAUGAUGAUGAUAAUGAUGAUGAUGCAGAUAGUGAUGAUGAUGAUAUGGAGGGAGUCCUGAUCAGCAACAAGAAAAGAGCCGGAAAGAAGGCCAUCCGAAUCGACUCCGACUCCUCAUCAGAAGACAUAGAGGCUGCUCUCACAUCCCGACCGCUCAAAGGCAUAGUCAUAAAUGAGCAGCGCUCAAAGCAGAAAAGUGAUAAGUCUGCAUCAUCCAAGCCUAAGAAGAGGCUGAGAAAGAAGAGUGCAGUGGAGGAGGAGCUGGCACUGUACGAUGACUGCGACACCUUUGUCACCAUAGACCGAACCACGCCCCUAGGAGCAGGAGCUGACCUUGUCAGUUCCCGGGUAGAAGUCGCAGCAUCCGGUUCAACUGCGCAUGCACAGCCAUCUCCCAUCCACUCUCCAGUCUCCCAACAGACUGGAGUUUCAAUAACUCAAGGGGAACUUACACCGACCUCACUGAUUCCUUCUGAAUCUGCUGAGAGACUUAGUGGUCAACAGCCCCGGACCACUACCCCCAUUCGUUCAAUCACUUCGAGUCUAGGUGUCACCAUUCCCACAUUUUUAAAUUUUUCUAGGACACCUACACUAUUCACUGCACAUACAGGUGCACUCACCCUGAAUGCAACGACCGGAGUGCAAACUAUGAUGGUCGGAAGUCCUGCUACGCCAACAAUGCCUCGAUCAUUGAACGCAGGCCACACAUCAGCUAUCUUCACUGAUGCUGUGACAACAGUUACGACCCCUGUAACUGGAACCAUUAUCCCCAAAGAUCUUCUCGUACACUUGAACAGCUUUCUGGAGUCUACUAUUAAACCAUGGGUGCAUACAGCAAUAACCGCUAGUGCACAAGGCUCUGGAAGCACCCCAGCUGUUCAAGAUGUGCCAACUGCACCCCUAACCAUACAGCCCCCAACUACUCUAAUCCCAAUUUCCCAACCUUUAACCCUAGGAAACCAACAACCAUCUACAUCAAGGGGAACCCAGGAUACAGAACUAGUAUCCCCCCCUACAACGACCAAACCCAAGCGCCAGCGGAUACUUGAGCAUGUUGCUUCUACUAGCCAACCCUCAAAACCAAACCAACCCUCUACCUCUACCAAUGAGCAACCCACUACUUCAGCUAGCCAUAAAUCCCUAGCCACUCUUUCUAGCAUGGUCGAGCUAGACAUAACAUCCCGAGGUGCAUCUCCUAUAGAUGUUGACCAAGGACGGAAUGGAAGUCCUGAUGAUGCUACCACGAGUACAUCUUUCUACUCAGGCCACCAGCUAGAACCUAGUUCGAAACUGAUGUCAACGGGCAAUCCUAGUGAUCCCGGAUUCACCCAGUUUCAGCCAAGGGAGGAUUGGCCGCAUGUAACAAAGUAUAGAGGUCUGAUCUCUGCGCAAGAGCAUCGUGUUGAGAUAAUUGAGGAUCCCUGCAAGUCUCACCAGGAUCCCGAUGCUACGCCCGACAUGUCACUACAGCAGCAACAGGAUCCUUCCAGCUACUACAAGGUCAGAAUGCACGAUGAACUUGAGGAAAUGCUAGUGCACAACAAAUGGUCUGAACUCUGGACAGAUGUAGAUGAAUCACAGCGAAGAGCAUACCUCAGAGACCUCUUAGUCAACUGUGCUACUGAUGUGAUUCUACUUGAUCAAGAUGAACUCAAGGAGGGAGAGAACUACGAGACACCACCCAAGGAGCUUGAGUCAAUCAUUAGACAAACGGCGGCUCAAAUGCCCAGAAAUGAGAAGCCCUGGGAAAAGAUCGACAUCAACGCUCCCUUUCAAGAGGAAAUCAGAGAAAACAUCUGGCGAAAAGAGGAUAAGGUCAGAGAACUGGACGAACUAAAAAUCCGUGGUCUCAACCAUCUAUGAGGACAAAACAAGGGUGGACAGCUGUUUCUACUUAGUCAUCACUAUAUGGGAAAACAGAGAGAAAUCUGGCAACAUGAACUUCAAACUGCCAAGGACCCAGUCUGGGCUAUUCUCAACGUGGCCGAAACAGAUCUUCAAGAUAUCAGACUCUCUGUCUACCAUCUACAGCGCUCUGACGGAACAGAAUUCACAUGCAAGGAAAAUGAUCUCUACAUGCUAAAAAUGGAUGACAUCUAUCAGAUGUAUCUUGCAUUCCAGGAAAUUCCAGGCAUUCGUGACAAAACUACACAAAAUGGGCUGGAUGCACUCAAGCGCUUUAUGAUCAGACAAGUCAAAUUCUUUGCCUCUCAUGAUCUUCAGAUGGCUCUUGAAACAAACAUUCCAAAGACAAACCUCACAAGACCAAAGCUGUAUGGACCGGAACUUGAGGACUUUCCUGCCUACUACAUUUUUGACAGACCCAUCACGCUCAUCUAUCUAAAUCAUAAUGGUGAGAAGCGUUUGUUAUUCAUUGAUGAGAUAAACAAAUAUUGCGAUGGAACACUGAAGAUCGUGAAGGAGAAACUGCAACCUAUCAGAGAAGCAUUUAAAGAGAAGCAGCAGAAGUAUGCAGAUGCCACAGAUGCUGAAUUGAAAGAGGCACAUAGAAUUGACAAUAUUCUACAGGCUAUCCAGAGACAACUUGAUAGAAGAGAUUCACUCAGAAACUAUGAGCAUGCGCUUAAUCUCAGGAAGAAUUAUUAUAAAGCUCAACAGUGAAGAGAAGAAGAAGCAAGACGGCACUUGAUCACAAAGGAGGAGAUUGUUGAGGAAAAUAUUUGUUGUGAUCAAGUUUGUCUAGAGUCUUGUUAUCCCAAUUAGAUUAGACUUAUCCUUUAUAGUAUGUAUGUAAAGAAUAAAUGAGCUAAGGGAAUAGGGCCCAAAAAGGCCUUAGGCCCAGAGCUCUAGGUUACCAUUUCGGUACCUGUACCUACGCCUAUAAAUAUGCGUACAUGUGGUACAGGACAGAACAAUCGAGAAUUAGAAAUAUACAGCGUCUUUCAUUCAGAGUUUCAUUCUAUAUUUCUCGAUAGUAUAGCGUAAGGAUUUCUUCUGUUCAGAUUAUCUCUCGAUCAUUAUUAAGAAUCCUUCUCUAUAUUAUUGUAGAUCGUUCAUAGCUGUUCAUUCAUCCUGAAAUUUGGGACCAACAACCGUCACUCAACUAAGGAAGGUGGUUUACUUACAUUUUGGACCCAUGACGCACUACCGGCCCAAGUACAGGAAGCACUCAGAAUUGAUACUUUGGGUCUUCCAUUCUUUCGCUAUUAAUGUAUUUAUAUUUCUUUUGCUAUAUAUAUAUCUAUAUCUAUAUAUAUAUAUAUAUAUAUAUAUAUAUAUAUAUAUAUAUAUAUAUAUAUAUAUAUAUAUAUACUAGUUUAGUAACGCGCGUUGCGCGUUCGUGGUAAUGCCCAACGCCAUUGUAUGAACAUUAAUUCUUCGGUUCGGGUUGAGUGAAUAUAUGAGUAAUAUCAAUACAUUAUACUCCCUCCGGUUUUUAUUAAACUUCACUCUUUGACUUGGCACAAAAUAAGGAAAGGAAUAUGACUUUACUGUAUAGUACACUGUUGAGGCACUGUUUGGCACUGUUUUGAUGUAAAUUUCUUUGCCAAAAAAGGAAAUAAGGAAGUGUGAAGUUUAUUUUAGACCGUCCCAAAAAGUAAAGUGUGAAGUUUAUUAAAAACCGGAGGGAGUAUUGAAUACGUAGUUUGUUAUUUACAAAAUUAUAAAAUAAAUUAAAAUUAACUUUAUGAAGGGAACACAAAAAAAUGUGACCAAUUUUAUAAACAUGAAAAGGCUCCCACCUAAGGUGGGGUAAGGGGGUCGGAUGUACG